CUUGAGAUUGAAGUGUUCUUGUGAAGCUUUGAUGCUGCGACGUCUGCUUGCUUUAACUUUGAAAAUAAGCGAGAGGAAGUGAACCCGUUCCAACUUGGUGACGUGGUGCUCCGUGAGCGCACGCGUGCGUCUUCUCUCGCUCCUGGCUCCUGCGCUUCCGACAUGCCGCAGCCGGCCAACGAGUCUUGGGGGCCCGACCGUCCGGGCCUGGAGGCGGUGGCGGUGCCGGCCGUGUUCGGGCUCAUCUUCGCGGUGGGCCUGGUGGGCAACGCGCUGGUCGUGCUGGUGAGCUGCCAGGCGGGCGCGAGUGUGAGGCGGCGCACGGCGGCGGCGGGGGUCCGGAGAGGGAGCAACCCGACUGACGUGUUCAUCUUGAACCUGAGCUUGGCGGACCUGCUGUUGCUGCUUUUGUGCGUCCCGCUGCACGCCAGCGUCUACUCCCUCUCCGGGUGGCCCUUCGGGGGUUUCGCGUGCACCUCGGGCCACUUCCUGGCGUCGGUGAGCGUCCUGGUGAGCAUCCUGACGCUGGUCGUCUUGUCCGCGGACCGCUAUGUGGCCGUGGUUCUGUCGGGCCGGUGCCGCUACCGGACGCGCUCCGCCGCGCUGCUGUGCGUCGGCCUCAUCUGGACCUUGGCGCUGGCGUGCUCGGUGCCGGUGGCCCAGAACCACGUGCUGACCGGGCACCCCGGCGCCCCCAACCUGACCUUCUGCUGGGAGGUGUGGCGGUCCGGACGGGCCCGGAGAGCCUACAAGGCCGCCGCGGUCGUGCUCGGCUUCCUGCUGCCGCUCGUGCUCAUCUGCUGCUCUUACGUCACGGUUUUAUUUCAUCUUCACAAAAAGAUGAAGAACAUAUCCCAAAAGUCUGAACGUGUCAAACGAAAGACGACGCAGACGGUCUUCUUGGUCAUCGCCGCCUUCCUGAUUUGCUGGAUCCCGCAUCACGUGAUCAUCAUGUGGGCGGAGUUCGGCCGCUUCCCUCUGACGGACGCGUCGUUUGUCUUCCGCAUCGCGUCCCACUGCCUGUCCUACGGACACGCCUGCGUCAACCCCGUCCUCUACGCCUUCCUAUCCCACAAGUUUCGCCGCAGCUGCUGUCAGCUACUGGCCUGCAGCCGCCCCGGCGCGUCGCCCCCGGGAGGCUCGCAGGUGCGCCUGCGCAUGGACAACUUGCCCAGUACGCCCUCUACCACCAACAUAUGAAAGCGGGACUUCCUGUCCGCGAAUAAUGCCUUUUCGCUACUGCCGGGACCAAUCACGGGCUGGCUGAAGUAAGUCGUUUGAUUGGUCCGUCUCAUCUGGUUGGACUCAACCAAUAAGGACGAGGGCCAAGAGCAGUUGUGCUUUUUGUAAUCUUUUCACAGAAGUGCACACUUGGAAAUGGAGACUUGAUCAUAACCACUCACAAGUCGUGGGCACUUGGUAGUCGUACACAUUUGAUAGCUCAUACUUGGUAUUAGACACAUGCGAGUCGUGGACACUCGCUCAUAUAGAGUAGGAAAUAAACACUUGAAGUAGACACUUAAGGUAGUAUAAACUUGGUAGUAAAGACUUGGUCCUAGAUAUUUGGUAGCAGAGCACUUGGUAGUCAAUAUUUGGUAGUAAACAUAAACAUUCAAUAGUCGAUACUUGGUAGGAGACACUUGGGGAGUAAACAUGUUAGUAGAGACUUGGUGCUACAGACUUGGAAGGAGACACUUGGUAGCGGAGACUUGGUGCUACAGACUUGGUUGUAGACACUUGGUAAUGGAGACUUGGUACUACAGACUUGGAAAUAUAUGCUUGGUAGUGGAGACUUGGUACUACAGACUUGUAAGUAGACACUUGGUAGUGGAAACUUGAUAGUAACCCUAUAGUAGUAGUGGACACUUGGUAGAAGUACACAUUUGAUCGUAGAGACGUGAUGGUGGUAGAGGCAAGCCACUGAACACAUUUUAGUACAUACUUGAUAGUAAACACUUGGUACUAGAUAUUUGGUAGCAGACACUUGGUAGUAUAGACUUGCUAGUAGCAAAGACUCAUCAGUCGCGGACACUUGGUACUUGGCACAUCACCAAGCCAGAGAAAGACACCUGCUAACACUGGUUGCUAAUUCCACGCUGUGCUGAUACUGCAGCUCUGCUUACCUUUGACGUGAUUGUGCUGAUCAUGUAUACAAACAUUAAAAAAGUCAAUUUUCCGCAAUCUGUCCCCUUAACUAUCUUCAUUGAACCUCAACAAAUCUUUUUUAUCGCAUGUCCUUGAUAUGCAACUUCAUGUCCACGUACUAGUUUUCUCUUUGCCCUCACUAGAAGGACAAUUCAGUGGACUAGUAGAAUGAUUGUCUUACUAGUAACAUUUUCUCCACUACGAGUGCCACUUUUGGCCGACUACUAUGCACUUAAACUUUACCCGUAAACGGAGUUGUGGACUCGAGUCACAUGACUUGGACUCAACUCAGACUUGAGUCAUGAACUUGAUGACUUUGGACUCGACAUGACAAAAUAAGACUUUCUACUCGACGUGGACUACAACAGCAAUGACUUGUGACAAUACUCAGACCUGAAAAGCCUCAAAUGCUCCGCAUCGCUCUCUGUCACAUACGUUUUGGUCUGUAGAAAACGACGACGUACGUAGCCAUAAUGUUCAGCUGGAAAGGUUCCACAAUCGUAACAUCAAAGUUUUCUUCAGGCAUAUUUUCUUUGAAAAAAUGAACGCCCUGAUGAGAUGUUAUUGCAAACAAACAAACCCCAAAAAAAAAAAAUCCACAUUGCAUUGUGGGAAUUGUGCGUUUUGGUGUCACAUAUGCUUGUUUUCCUUAGCAUUAGGAGCUAGCCAUGUGAACGAUCUUGCAAAUAGUUAUACAGCAGGCGGGCCGUGCGCUGUCUAAACCCCCCCCCCACACACACACAUUAUAUAUAUAUAUAAUAUAUGUGUGUGUGUAUGUAUGUACAUGAAAAAGAUUAAUAACACCAAAACGAUAUCCUUCUAACUUGUAAUUUGUCUUAAAUAUUGCAAUAGCAACUGGAAUCCCUUCCUUUGUGAACUUUGUUUCAGAAUUUCUAAACUAAACGGACUCGACUUGACUUCUCUGAAAAUAUCUUUUCUCGCCUCUGACGGGGCCACAUUGCAAACGAUCUAGCGAUGAACUCGAAUGUGAACAUGUUAUUGUUUUCCCUAGUUUCAUUUCCUCUACCCACUGCAAUGCUAACAAUAUUGCUAACAUUUCCCCGGUAUCAACCGACUCGCUCAUUGACCCUUUUUACGACUAUUGUAUAGAAUUCUGGAAUGACAAAUCAAACUUUUAUUUUACCUGCUGUAUUUCUUGACGCAUCUGUGUAAAUCUGUAAGUAACUAUAGUAAUUGUCUCUUUAUUGCUGUGUGUUUCCUUUUGAAAGAUGCAAAACAUCAGUGUCGUGUUCUCAAGAAUCACUCUUGUAUUUCUUUUUCUCUACACUUUAUUCACACAAGCUAGCAUUCGUUUGACAUGCUUCUUUGCCUCUUUUUGACGUAAUAGUCUAGCCUAGGUCGUCAUAAGUUGAUUUCAUUUUAACGUGAAACGUUAUAUGUUUCAGUUCCAAAUACGUGUAAAUUAAAGUAUUGUGCC